AUGAGUCAUGUGGCCCCAGCUAACUUUCAAGCUCUAGACCAGCGGUUCGCUGGUCUGGACUUGAAUCAGGGCGCCGUUAACCCUCACGGCGUCGAUCCUAAGUCUCAACAAGAACGAUACGUGCCUCCUCACCUUCGCAGCAGACCUGGUCCUCCUCCUCCUCAUGGCAGAGGGGGGUACCAUGAUCAUGGAUACAACCAGCAAAGGGACUUUCAACACAGGGAACCCUACAGAGAUGGAUUUUACCAACAGCAGCCAAACUUUUAUGGUGGAUAUCCUCCACGAGGAGGUGGACGCCCAUACUAUGGGGGAGGUCAGUAUUAUGGUGGAGGCCGUGGAGGAGGAAACAGCUGGAGAGAUAGGGGUGACAACCGAGGACCUCCUCCCACAAGAGGAAGUGGCAAUGACUAUAACAGAGUCACUCAGCCACCACCAGAAGAUUGGUCUAAACUUUUGCCGAAGAAUGACCGCAUUGAAAGGGAGCUUUUCAACAAGCACAACACUGGAAUAAAUUUUGACAAGUAUGAAGAUAUUCCUGUGGAAGCCACUGGACAGGAUGUCCCUAAAAACAUUGAGUCGUUUUCUGACUGUGAACUAGGGGAAAUCUUGUGCAACAAUGUUGAGCUGGCCAAUUACUCCAAGCCCACUCCAGUUCAAAAGUAUGCGAUACCUAUUGUGAAGAAGAAGAGGGACUUGAUGGCAUGUGCCCAGACUGGUUCUGGGAAGACUGCUGCCUUCCUGAUUCCCAUUCUCAGCAGGAUUUUUGAGGAAGGUCCUCCUCCCCUACCUGAUGCUCGGCAUCAGGGUCGCCGAAAGCAGUUCCCUCACUGCCUGGUUCUAGCACCAACCAGGGAAUUGGCUUGUCAAAUCUUUGAGGAAUCCAGGAAGUUUUCUUACAGGUCAUAUGUGCGUCCCUGUGUGGUUUAUGGUGGAGCUGACAUUGGUGGCCAACUGAAGGAGCUGGAUCGUGGCUGCCAUCUUCUUGUGGCCACACCUGGUCGUCUCGUUGACAUGUUGGACAGGGGACGAGUGGGGCUGGACUCUUGCAAGUUCCUUGUUCUGGAUGAGGCUGAUCGUAUGUUGGACAUGGGAUUUGAGCCUCAAAUCCGACGCAUUGUUGAUCAGGACACCAUGCCUAAAGCUGGUGAACGACAGACACUUAUGUUCAGUGCCACUUUCCCUAAGGAAAUCCAGAUGCUGGCUAGAGAUUUCCUGGUGAAUUACAUCUUCUUGGCUGUGGGACGUGUGGGCUCCACAAGUGAGAACAUCACACAAAAAACAGUGUGGGUUGAUGAAUACGACAAGAGGUCAUUCUUAUUGGAUCUGCUGAAUGCUUCAGGUCCAAAGUCUCUGACAUUGGUAUUUGUGGAAACCAAAAAAGGAGCUGAUGCUUUGGAUGAUUUUCUGCACGGUGAAGGCUGGUAUGCAACCUCCAUUCAUGGUGAUCGCUCUCAGCGGGAGCGAGAGGCAGCUUUGGGGUCAUUUAAGUCUGGCCGCACACCAAUCUUGGUAGCUACAGCUGUUGCUGCUCGUGGCUUGGAUAUUCCAAAUGUGCGCCAUGUGAUCAACUUUGACAUGCCAACUGAUAUAGAGGAGUAUGUCCAUCGCAUUGGACGCACAGGCCGUGUGGGACACACUGGCUUAGCUACUUCAUUUUUCAAUGAGAAGAAUCGGAAUGUGGCCAAGGAUUUGGUUGAGCUGUUGAGUGAAAGCAGGCAAGAGGUGCCAAGCUGGCUGGAGUCUAUUGCCUUUGAGAGCCAUCAGAAUUCAGGCAGGAGCCGUGGAAGGAGCAGGCACUCAGCUGGUGGCUUUGGGUCCCGUGACUACAGGCAGCAGCCACAUCACCGUGGAGGUGGGGGUGGUGGAGCCCACUAUGGUUAUGGGGGAGGAGCAGGGGGCUACUGGAAUCCAGGCCGUUAUUCUGGUGGCAAUGCUUCCCAGGAUUGGUGGAACUAGCUGGUGCAAGGUUCUCACUACAAGCUGUUGUUUUUUCUUUAUUUGUUGUUACAGGAAUUUACCGCAUUUGUUUUGCGUUCGAUGAAAUAAGUUAAAUUUGGGACUGUUGCAUUGGCAAUAUCUGGCAUCAAAUAAAGCUUCUUUGAGUGAUUGGUGGAAUGUUGUUGAGGAAGACUGGUGACGGUUUUCAGUCGCAGUGGCUUACUGUGUGGAUCAGCACUGUUACAGGUCAGGUAACUGAGGAAGGCCUCUGGCUGCGAGGUCAGAGCACAUGGAAAAAUGCAGUGUUAUUCGAUGUUGAACUCUCAACUGUUCAUGAUUUUUAAGAAACUCUUUAAGGAGCACCAUGGAGAAAGUCAGUUGGCUUGUUCAGUUUGUUCAAACUGCUGCUUACAAACAUGCCAUUUAUCUCCUGUUGUUGUGGUUGUUGUUUUCCAAGUAGGGUCAAAAAUUGCCUGUUCAAGUUGUUGAAAUGUCAACUUCAAGUGACGCAGAUAGAAGAGGCAAGUUAUGGAACACAAUAAUCUGAGUAUUUAUAUAUCUUUGGCGACGUUAUGAAAGUUAUGUUUAAGGUCAUUGUACCAACAGUGACACGUAUAUGUGAUAGCCAUCUACUUGUAGUUUAUAUGAACCAAGAGAUCUUCUUGGGGCCACGUGUGAAGGCAAGUAAGAGCCUAAGUUUUGUGAGGGCCCAUAUUGAUAGUGUUAACUGGGCCUUUACAUAAAGGUCCACAUUUGGUCUUGGUUCCUUUCAGAAAUUUUUUUUUUUUUUUUCUAUUUUCCUGAUCAGUGAAAAAAAGAAAUUCUCUGCACCAUUUACAAUAGAUUUCUUACAGUUACAGCCCUAGAAAACAAUUUUAUAGAUGAUUAUCAGAAUUAGCUUAUGAAGUGUUUCCCAGCAAAAGUAAAUAUAGUUGAAUAAGUAGCCCAUGUGUAACAAUACCCUCCCCCCUAAGGAGGAACAUUUCUCCUAGGGGGGGAGUGUAUGGCUACAUGUAGGCUAUUAAAUUAGUUGCAAUUACAAGAAACAAAGUGUACUCCAUAAUUUAAGAUACAUCCUAAUUAACAUAACAGGAAUAUUUUAAUAUGAGUACAUAUGUACCUACUUACAAUACAGUUUGGUUAAUUGUACAAAUCAGUUCUUUUUCCAGGGUUUCAAAUGCACUGAAAAAUGCUUCAUUAGAAAAUCUCUUGUAUUUAUAGGAGACCAUGGCCCUUGUCACAAAUUUCUGAAUUUAUACCAAAAGAGAUUGUAAUAUAACUUUUAGAAUUAGGUUGUUAGUAACUUGCCAAAAAAAACCGUAGCUAAUUUUAAAAAAAAAUUGACAAGAACACUUUGUGAACAUCAAGAGAACUGUUUGCAAUGUAAUAAGUGUUAAGUAGGCACUAGUUUCUUUGGCUAAAGAAAGAAAUGGAUAGUUUUUAUUGUAAAUUUUGAGUUCCACAUUGUGUAUAAGGGCCAUAACCAAACACAUUUUAGUCAUACUGAGAUAUUUUGUAAUACUACAGUUGUCCACCGACAAAUUGUUUUGUAAUAUUGCAAUCUUGUGCUGAACUAGGAAAACUUAUGUCGCCAAAAUAUUUAAGAAUCUCAUAGUAAGUAUCAGGAGAGAAAUGUUCCCGUUUUGAAAAAAAAAUCAGUAAUUCUUAAACAAAAGUAGUUGCAAAAGAUAUUUUAUUUACAAAAAUCUUACAUGGUGUUAACAGUACAGUGAUAAUUUAUAACGAUCUAAAUGCCUUAUCAUGCAAAGAAAAGUGAGCAAUUUUCUGUUAUUCAUGAAGUCCAAGUGAAAUAAGUGUUGUGUCGACAAGAGACAACAAGCAUCAUGUAGUCCAGGAAUACAUGGAAUUGAACGAGUAAAUCACUAUAUAAGGAAUAAUCGCUUAAGUUGAAAAAUCAUCCUGCUUGAAACUUAGACUAUAUUGAUAUUUUAUGAAUAUCAUCUUGGAUUAGGAAUAUUGCUGCUUGUGAAAAUGUUGAUACAAAGGCUGAAAACAUGUAAUUAUUCUGAUGAUCUGAAUUUUUGUUGCAUUACAGUUACUAUAACAUGGGAAAAAUUUAUUUUCCUUGUCCUUUUGAAAUUUUGAAGUACACUUGUCAGCAGCUAAUAAACAACUUUGGGUUGGGGUAUGAUUGUAAAUGCAAUCAUGCUUUGACGUAACUCAAGAUUCUUAAACAUGUUACUGUUAAGAGUAUCUAUGGUAUUUAUUUUCUUUAAUGAACGGGAAGAGAACAGCUAAGGAAGUUACAAACCAGGCCACAGCAAGUAGCCUUAUGAUAACGUAUUAUUUACAUAGACCUUAAAGAAAUCUUAACGUAGCUAUGUGAUCGAAGCUAACUUUGUUCCAAAGCUGCUUGCGUGAUGCUUAUAAGAAUUGCGUGACAGCGGGUUUUCACGUCAGCUACAACCUUAUGAUAACCUUAGUAUUAAAUUUUAGGCUGCUUUGGAACAAAGUUAACUGAAAUCUUAUUAGUUAACUUUACAAAUCUAUAAAAUGUGCUCAUAGAAAGCAUGGUGAGUCAAGACGUGCUGUCCAUGCAGUUACUUAAAAUCUUUAUUUUAGAGUUUAAGAGUUGUUCCGUUUAAAAAUUGGUUAUUUCAUGGGGAGAGUUAACUGCCAAGGCAGUCAAGUUAUUUGUAUUUGAUGUCAGAAGCCAAUAAAUUAUGACCAUUAUAGUGAU